AUGCUUAAAUCCGAGCUCGAGCGCAGAUUACCACUCGCUCACGAAGAACCGCAAACACCGUCCGUCACCGAAUCGCAACCCACCACGGACCAAGAUCUAAAGACAUACAGGGGAGGCUGUCAUUGCGGAGCGAUCCAGAUCACCGUGACAAGCCCGCCCCUCCGUCACGUCCAAGUUAAGGAAGAUAAUUGCAGUAUCUGCCAACGGAACGCGAAUGUAUGCAUCUACCCGUCGAAGUCAGCCGUGGCAAUCCAAGAUCCCCGCAACCAGCUCCGGGAGUAUCGCUUCGGCCGGCAAUUCACCGGCCAUCGCUUCUGCGGCGUCUGCGGCGUGCAGCUCUACAUGCAUCUGCAUGGACCCCCGGCGGCGGUGGCGGCGCGGCUGUCGCCCGAGAAACAGGAGCUGGUCAGGCGGAAUUUGGAUGUCGUGCCUGUUCGAGUCCCCGUGCUGGAUUGGGUGGAGUGGGAGGCGAUCCGGGUGGAGAGGGAGGAUGAGGGGACGGAGGGGUAUGUUUUGGGUGCCUGA